AUGUCGCACGUUGCAAGAAGACAGUUCUCCUCUGGUUCAGCGACCCCCACGCUGCAGUCACUUUCCAAAUACAUAACAAAGGCCAAGAAUGGUCAGGGACAUGGUACGAUGAAGGGGAGUCCCACGAUAUACAACAGUAGAUCCUCGCAAGCCAAUUACAAGGGGUUCCUCAAAGCAGAACAGAAGACCCCAGCUGGGUUCUACUUCCAAGGUGCUCAAUCAUCGCCCAUGGGAUCCAUUAAUAAUGAAACCAUUCCCGUGUCGUUCUUACCGAAGAGCGACCCUAGAAGAACAUAUUUGGCACGGGAGGUGGUCCCCUCCAUGAAGAAGCUGUCCCAAGGUGCAUUACCAGUAUUACAAGGCCGUGAUACUCCCAAGAGCUACCAUUUGAAGCCGGAACAGGUGGCAGAGAUUGUCAAACUGAGACAGGGGGACCCGGAGAAGUAUUCUAGAAAGAAGCUGGCGCAGAUGUAUAACGUGUCGCCCUUGUUCAUCAGUCUGGUUAGCAGUGUUCCUCAGAAGAGGAAGGAUGAGAUGGAUAAGAGACUGUCCAACAUUAAGAGUCACUGGAACAGCAGGAGGACCAUUGCCAGAGAUGACCGUCAAAAGAGGAAAUCAUUAUGGUAUAGAGCCUAA